AACCAUUCCAGUUCUAAGAUGGCGGACCGGCGGAGGAGGAGGAGACGCGCGUCUCAGGACAGCGAGGAGGACGACGAGUCCGGCUCAGGUUCGGACAGCGGGAAGUCGGGUUCUCCUGACCCGAAGGCUCGAGUCCGGGAUCCCGACCCGGUGGUGGUGGAAGUGGGCCGGACCGAACCGAAGAGAGACGUGGAGUCCGAGUGUGAGAGCGAAGACGGAGCAGGAGAAGCUGUCCUCUCGGACUACGACAGCGCCGACCCAGAGGAGAACGCCUCCCACUCUGAGGGAGUGGAGGAUGAGGAGGAGGGUUACAGUGAAGAAGAACCUCCAGCUGCAGCAGCCAGCGAGUCCAAACCUCCAGCUGCUGACGACCCGACACAUGAGGAGGAGGAGGAGACGGCCGAGGCCGGAGACGAGGCUGAGGGGAAGGCAGGAGGACACAGUAAAGAGGAAGAGAAAAGAGAGGAGAAAGAAAACCUCGCUGGAGAGAGGCAGAGCGGUGACGGACAGGAGUCCACUGAUGAUCCAGAGACAAAGGCGGGAGGAAAACCGGGUCAGCAGCUCGAUGAUGACGAGGACAGGAAAAACCCGGCCUACAUCCCCAGGAAGGGUUUGUUCUUCGAGCACGACGUCCGUGGCCACGCUCAGGAGGAGGAGCGGCCCAAAGGUCGGAACAGGAAGCUCUGGAAGGACGAGGGCCGCUGGGAGCAUGACCGGUUCAGAGAGGAGGAGCAGGCGCCAAAGAGCCGCGAGGAGCUCAUCGCCAUCUACGGUUAUGACAUCAGGAACGGCGGCGGCUCCGGAGACCGAGCGUACCGACAGAGACGACCCCGACCCGGUUCUCCAAACAGGGACAAACGGUGGAGGGACGGAGGAGGACCAAGACCGACCCGGUCCUGGCAGAACCGAGGAGGAUCUGUUCCACCUUCAUCUGUCCCUCCCUCCUCUUCAUCAUCUGCCUUCCCUCCUCUUCCUCUUUCUCAGCGCUGCGGGAACUCCUCCAGGCCUCCCCCUUCCCGCAGCAGACCGCCCCACCAUAACCAAACCCAUCAUUUGGAGUACAGGCGCAACGAAUCAAACGCACCUCCGGCCGAUCCCAGGGAGCGUUCGGGUUCUAAAGCUCCACCAGAACCCGCAGGAGAGAGGGGAGGGGCCAGCAGGGGAGCGCGGGGUCCUGGAGGACGAGGAGGGUCGGCAGUGGUCAUCGAGGAGGUUUUAAUCAGUCCUGGGGAGGCAGGAGAGGAGGAACUAAGCUCAGCCUCUGCAGCUUCGGCUGCCUCCCCUCCACUGGGCGGGUACCAGUCACCCAGACGGCAGGAGCAGCGAGAUGGUGCCGACAAGUCUGCACCUGGACCGGCUGCCCCCCCUUCUGACCCCUCCCUCCAGUCUGCUGCAGCCAAUCAGGAAGCUUCUCCCACCGAGCGGCCAGUGGAGCGGAAAUCCUACUCUCUGGCCCGCAGGACUCGUUCACGGCCCGCGGACCUGGGCAGCAAGCAGCCCUCUGUGGAGGAGUCUGCAUCCGGGGGGAGCACCACCUCCCCCAGCGGUCGGGGAGGGAAGGGCUGGGUGGGCGGGGCAGAUAGCUCAGGUCAGGCGGCGGCAGGAAGAGGAGGCGCUGGACUGGCAGAGUUGGACCAGGAUGUGGCUCGGCUCAGUCUGGCCCAACAGAACUGGAGUCAGAGCCCGACGUCCUACAUGCGCUCAGAGAUGAGAGGCCUUCCAAACCCCCUGCACAUGAGCGGCGGCCCGCCUCCGUUCUCCAACAUGGAGGAGAUGGGCGUCGGUGCCAACCGGGCCAAACGCUACUCGUCCCAGCGCCAGAGAGCUGUUCCAGAACCGGCGCCGCCCAUCCACCUGGGAGUGAUGGAGGGGCACUACUACGAGCCCAUGUCGUACCAGGGACCAAUCUACAGUGACGGCGCCGCCCCCAUCCCGCCGCAAGGCAUGCUGGUCCAGCCUGAGAUGCACAUCCCUCAUCCUGGUCUACAUCCCCACCAAUCAGGAGCCCCCAUCGCUAACCCCGCCCUCUAUGGAGCCCCACCUGUUUCUCUGUCGCCGGGGCAACCGCAGCAGCUGCUGCCUCCUCCUUUCUACCCUCCGCCAGGGGUCGUGACCUUUCCGUACCCGGCCAUGUACCCAAGCCCACAGGGUCAGGCCCAGGUGACCUACGGCGGCGUCACGUACUACGACACGAUGCAGCAGCAGGCUCAGCCCAAACCCUCGCCCCCACGCCGAACGUCUCAGCCCGUCACCGUCAAACCCCCACCUCCAGAGGUUCCCUUUGCCUCAGAGUGACCCCGCCCCCCACCUCCACGCCACCCAGACUCAGCCCCACCCUGACCUGAAAACUACAGGAGCAGGGUGGGAGGGUCGGUGAGGAGCUGUGGUCCAAAUCAGAGACCACCAAUGGUACCGAAGAGGGGGCGGGGCAAGACAGACCACGGUGCCGCUGCUGGAUUCAGACUGUGUCGACACUGGAGCUCUGCGGUCACCUCUUGGAUCGUCUCUGAGCGGCGGCGCCGAUCUGAAGACGGACCUGCGGUUCUGGAGAGCCGCUCCGCGGGUCGAACUUGCAGCUGCUGUGGAAGGAGUGAAGGUCCAACAGAACCAAACGGUUGCACGUCACAACACGGUUAAUGAAUCAGGACAAAACAUGCUCCUCAUCAUCGCGCUUCAUCCUCAGCGGCUCUUCUGAUUGGUUCAAAAUUAUUAAUCUGUUUAAAUUAUAAUUCCUCCUCAGAUUAAAACGUUUUACUUUAAAGUUUAUUGAUCAACAGACGACCAGAACCACCAGGAGCUGCUGGAUGGAGGGUUAAGUGUUGGUGUAAAUAAAAAUAUAAACAUGUAAAUAAGCGCUCGAACAGAACCAGAACCGGAUCAGCUGGACCUGGACUGUUGUCAUGGAUUCAUGUGGACCGGAACGUUUUUCAUUUGAUUCAUUUUAAUCUGUGGUGGCAGACGUUUGUUUGUUUGUUUGUUUGUUUGUUUGUUUGUUUUUUCUUAACGUGUUAAAUGUUUGGACCAGAACCGAGGAGACGAACACGUUGUUCUGCAGAAAUCCAUUUGAGUUUUAAUGUUUGUUUCUCCUUCAUGAUUUGGUUUUUGUUGAACUUUAUGAAACGUUUGACA